ACUAUUUUAAUUUUGAAUUUUUUCUUUCUCUUUUAUUACAUUUUCUUUUCUUUCCCAAGCUUAAAGCUUUAAUCAUUUCACACGUGCUGCCUUCCUUUUCUACGCCGGAAAACCCUCUCUCUCUCCUCUCUCUCUUCUCUCUCUCUCUCUCUAAAAACUCAAAAACCCCGUUUGCCUUGCCAACUGCUAAUCUCAUCUCGGGAAGCUGAGACAGCAAAAUCCCAACCCUAAAAAAUAGUUAACAAGAUCAACUUUCUCUCAUUGUUUUCUCACUGUCCAAACAAAAAACACACAAAUAUAGAAACAAAAAAAUAUUGUAAUUUCUAAUUCGAGAAAGUCGUUUUUUUUUCCCUCAUCGAGUUGAGAAUUUAAUUGGGUUUGGUUUUGAUAUGAUCAGAUUGAUUGAGUUGUGUGCUUUUUGGGGGAUUGUUUUGUUUUUCUUUUGUUAAUUUUUAUUCUGGGGUGUAAUAUGGGAGCUGUGACGUCAUCGAUGGCGGCGAAGUUCGCGUUCUUCCCGCCAAACCCGCCGUCGUAUGGAUUGGAGGUGGAGGAAAGUAGUGGGAAGCUGAGGAUGACAGGAGUUGCGUCGACGGCUAGGAAGGAAAACGUCGACGUUUUGAAGCUUCCUACCAAGAGAGGAAACGACAUCGUUGCGGUUUAUAUUAAGAACCCUUCUGCUUCCCUAACCCUCCUUUACUCUCAUGGUAACGCCGCUGAUCUGGGUCAGAUGUACGAGUUGUUUGCUGAACUCAGUGUUAUUCUCCGAGUCAACUUGUUGGGUUAUGAUUAUUCUGGCUACGGCAAAUCUACAGGGAAGCCGAGUGAACAGAACACUUAUGCUGAUAUUGAAGCAUCUUACCGGUGCCUUGUGGAGAAGUAUGGGGUCAAGGAGGAAGAUGUUAUCUUAUAUGGGCAGUCAGUUGGUAGUGGACCCACUCUAGAUUUGGCUACGCGGUUGCCAAGUUUGAGAGCUGUGAUUCUACAUAGUCCCAUCUUGUCUGGUCUCCGAGUCAUGUAUCCUGUCAAGCGAACCUACUGGUUUGACAUUUACAAGAAUAUAGACAAAAUACCCCUUGUUAAUUGUCCAGUUCUGGUAAUUCAUGGAACUGCUGAUGAUGUAGUGGAUUGCUCCCACGGCAAGCGACUGGCGGAACUUUGUAAGGAGAAAUAUGAGCCAUUGUGGGUGAAAGGAGGGAAUCACUGUGAUUUAGAACUUUACCCGGAGUACAUAAAGCAUCUCAAGAGAUUCGUAGCGAUCAUUGAAAAAUCUCCACAUUUGAGAAAUGGAUCCGGAAAAUUUACAGAACAAUCAGAAAGUGCUCGAAAGAGCACAGAUUUUAGAGAAAAAUCUAGAUCAAGCACAGAUCGGAGAGAGAAUUCUAGACCGAGUGUUGACCAGAGAGAAAAGCCUAGAUGUAGUACAGACCGCAGUGAGAAGUCAAGUGUCAACACUGAUAAGAGGGAAAGAUCAAGAAAAAGCGUUGAUCGAUCUGAGAAAACGAAUAACUUGGAUCAACCAGAGAAGGCAAGGAACAGCAUUGACCGCUUUGGCAGCAUGGUCAGAUCUGUUAGAUUAUGCAAUAUUGAUUGUUUCAAGCCAACUGCAACCACUGUUUGAACUUUGAAGAACACAAGAGACCAAUUCUAGGCUGAGUUUAUUUCACUGUUUACUUUUUAUUUAUUUGAUUGGUUGGGGGGGAUUGAUUGUGUUGGGUGAUGAGAAAAUGUCAUGUUUUCUAUUUACAGAGGAGAAAGAUUAAAGGUAAUUUAAUUAAGAAUUUGAGCAAAUUGUUAAACUCAAUUUGUUCUCUUUCCAACUAAAUAAAUUUAACCCUGCUUCUCAAA